AGACGAGUGCUCUAACCACUGAGCUACGGUUGGGAGCGUUCCGGUAACGGCGUCCCCUCCUCCCCUCCCCGGUCAUCGGCGUGGUUAUUUUACAGGAGAGAGAGCAAGUUGGAAGACAGUUGAGGAUGCCCCCCAAAAGCAGAAAACGUGGAAAACCAAAGAAAGGUGAACGGGCUGCUAAACGUGCCAAAAAAGUACAGAUCGAUACGGCGGAAGAACAAAUCGCAGAGGGUUUGGACAGUAACGAGAAAACUACAAAGUCAUCAGGGAAAGGUGCCUCAGGCACCAAAGAGCCUUCAGUUUUUGGUUGAUGAAAUCGGAACCAGAAAGCCGAAUCGAAAAUGGCGUUGAUAUGAAGUUUGGUGUGGAGGAUUUAAAGGCCGAACCGAACCAGACAGCAUGUUGGGAUGGUGUCAGGAACUACCAGGCCCGCAACUUCAUGAGGGAUAUGAUGGUGGGCCAACUGGCUUUCUUCUACCACAGCAAUUGUAAGGAACCUGGGAUCGCUGCAAUUGUCAAGAUUGUAAAGGAGUCUUACGUCGAUCACACACAGUUUGAGAAGAAGGAACCCCAUUAUGACUGCACCAGCAAAAAGGAGAAUCCUAAAUGGUCGAUGGUGGAUGUGCAGUUUGUGAGGAUGUUGAAACGUUUCAUCCCACUGGCUGAAAUGAAGAAAUAUCACCAGGAACACAAAACACAGGGUGGUCCAUUGAAGAACGUGGCACUUUUUACUAAGGAGAAUUUGACUUUAUUUCGACUCUUGAAGACAAAAAGCCGAUUUAAUUGGAAGGGCCCCGGAAUUGUGAGAGCUCUUUAUCCUACGAUCAGUUCAGUGACGGAUACCAGACGUUUGUCAUUUUCCACUACGUCUUUUGGAGGUUGUACGAAUUGCCGGAGUUAUUCGGUUACAAGCUCGCUUUGCUUUGCAAAGUUCUAUAUGUUCACAUUUUCGUUAUAUGAGACGAGCUUGCAAACUGCAGUGGGUUGAGCCGUUUCUCAAAGGAAUCAACGUUACAGUGUAUUUUUUUUGUGAUUAACAGUAUGCCCUUUUGCAGAUGGGUAUGACGAGUUGAAUCCAUAAAGGAAAGGAAAACCCAUCUUGCAAUGUCUCAUUAUAGACUGUCAUCCAUGGAUCAAUUGACACAACACAAUCACAUCUAAGAUGACAAUCACAAUAGGUUGGAUUCAGUGGAACAGAAGAAAGAAGUGUAUAAUAUUAAUGAAAUCAUUUAUUUCUGUUCUCCAUAUUCAUUACAUCUUAACAAUUAGUUCUCUAACCCCCAAAUUCACUGACUGUGACUUUGCGACCAUCAAAUAUUUACAGAAUAUUUUUUUCUGGGCUCUCCUUUCAAAGGUUUAACUCUUAAUUUUAAAAUUGUCCUUUUUUUCCCCCUUGGAUGCCCCAGUUGAAGCGAAGAGUUGCACUUAAUAAUAGACAGAAAAAGCUGAAGAGAAUGCAUGUUAUGUCAAUUUAUACUUUGUAAAAUUCAGUACAUAGUCAUAAUCGGAAAAUGUACCAGUUCACAUUCUUUUGUACACACUGCGCUGACAUAUCUUGCUAUUCAGAUAAACGUUCAAAUAAAACCGCAUGUACAAUA